AUUUUCCCUUGACAAAUAUCCCCAGCACCGGUGCACCGACGCCACCGGCGCGCGCGGCACCAUAAUAGCACGGCGCUUUCGAUCAGCCUCCGCCACCGGCACACAACCGCGCUUAAUCAAUACCACUACUCACAAACACGAGCACAAGUACAAGUAGCCGUAGUAGCGCUAGCAAUCGACCUGCGAGCGUACAGUGCAGUGGAGAGAUCGGUCGAUGUCGCGGCCGAGCAGGAGCGACGCGCACCUGUCCCCCGUGGACGAGGCGGUGCGGGUGGCGGAGGUGCGAGAGUACUACGACGACGCCGCGCCCAAGCGCCACACCAAGCCCUCCCGCAGCGAGCACUCCGCCGUCUACACCGACGACGCGCUCGUCGACUCCUCCCACCCGGAGCUCGACAAGCUCCAGGAGCUCGAGGCCCACACCGAGAAAUUGGUGCUCGAGGGCGGCAAGCCGGGAGAGGAGUUCGUGGAGACGGAGUACUACAGGGACCUCGGCGGCGUCGGCAAGCAGCACCACACGACUGGGACGGGCUUCAUCAAGAUGGACAAGCCCACCGGCGCCUCCUUCGAGCUCUCCGAGGACCCUGACGCGUCGGAGCGCCAUGCUUCUUGCAAGGGGAAUCCUGCCACCAACGAGUGGAUCCCGUCGGCCGACACGGUGUACCAGGCGUCAGACAAGCCCAGCAGAAGCGACAGCUGAGCUGAGGAAUCAUCUACAGCCAUCAGUUCAGGAUGUGUAUGAUUUCCACCAGCGAAAAGGAAACAUCCCCGGUCAAAUUGGUUGGUCAUUCACAAACCCACGAAGCGUGCGUGUAUUUUCUAUUCGUUAUUCAGAUGAGAUUCUUGUGACGUUGUACUUAAUGAAGUUUGUGCGUCGAUUUCGAAACCUCUGUUGUGGUAUUGAAGCACGGUGUAAAAGUACAGGAAAUAAAGCGGUAUCAUGGUCCAAUUUUGUGUA